CCAACCAAAGGACCUGUAAGCCAUACUACGUUGACUUUGAUUCAUCUGUUCUGCAUUCGCCUGAAAAUGGUGCUUCCCGACGCCAAAGAAGAGCCGGUAUACCAAAAUGUCAUCGUUAUCUGGCAUGGGGAGCUGAUCGAUGACGUUGUUCCGCCAUCGGCCGUUGAAUCACGAGGGCGAGAUCCGGGCCUUUGGAGCAGCCUGAGCCUCUGACACCUUCUCAUGUUCCUCAUCGCCAGACCUUUAUCUGCUGCCUCCAGAUCGCCUCUAAGAUCUUCCAUGCCCUCUGCGCUGUCGGCACUAACCUCAACGUCUUCUCCUCCGACUCUUUUGCUAUUCAUCCUUCCAAAAUCAAGGUUAUAUAUAUGCUAUUGUUGUUUCAAUGGUAAGUUUUUCAGUUCACAAACACUCUACGCUGUUGUGCUUAGUACACAUAUGGAUAGAUUCGAUGAUAAAUUAUAUAUUUCUAGAAUGUUUUUGCUUACAAGUGUAAAAAGUUUGUUUGGUCAUUUACUGAGAAACUGAGACUUGUCAGGUGUAUUAAUCUUUUGCCGAUUAAAAUAAUAGAGUUUUAUAAAUUCUAAAUAAUUUUUAUAUAAUCUCAUAAAAUUUCAAUUAAUUUAAAAAUGUUUUAGCAUUCAUGAAAAAUUUCCCUUCCUAGGAAGCAAUUAGGGGUUUGGCUUUAGGACAGGGAAGAAGUAAGCAUUGAGACUUCACCCAACCCCACCAUAUGUGGCCUGUGGCACUAUGCUUGUGUGGUUCACCAGUGAUUUCUUUAUUUCAUCAAACUCAUACAAGAUUUCAUGGAAUAUUUAUGUGAUAAAAAGUGAAAAUUUAUAAAUUUGGGGAUUGAGGGAUGAUUUCAACCAGAGAAAAAAUGUUUAUAAAAGUUUUUACUAUGAAAGGGUUUAAUGAAAGCUUGAAUACCAAUAAUAAAAAGUUUUUAAAAGUAUGAAUUGAAUACUACCUAACUUUUAAAAACUCUUUUUAGAAGUAUAAAUUGAAUAUCAUUAUGUCUAUGAACUUUUAAAGAUUCCUUAAAAGUUUGAAUUGAAUAUUUUUAGACUCUUGAAGUCUAUAAAAGUCCACAAAAAGUCUUGAUUUAAUACACCUCUUGUAACCUUGAUGAAUUCAAAUGUGAAUGGACUUAACAUGAAUGAAGUUAAAGGAGUUAGGAGUAUGCUUUGCUCUCCUCUCCACAUUAAUCAUUUAAUUACAGAUAGCUGAGUAUACUGCCUAGAACAAAUUACAGACUUAUAGAGACUAGUUUUUUUUAUGGAUUAUUUGAAACAGUGUAAUUCUGAUGUUGACUGAUUGCACAUGGUUGAAUACUACUUGUGUAGUGCUUGGUGACUUCAAGAAUGAUCUUAGAUUCUUGCUGAAGUUCCUCCAAUCAUGUUAAUAGGAUCUUGAUGUAACCUAGAAUCCUAGAUAAAAAAGAUUCCAUCAUGGUAGUUUUCAAUUUCUUAUCUAGUUUAGCAAAGCUGCUUUUUUGAGUAGGGGAAAGACCAAAUCACUGAAAGGUUUAAAGAAGGCCACACUAUUCCUGAUUUACCUUUAUCAUUACUUUUUUUUUUUUAAAGCUAGGAUCUUACCAAAGGUACCCUUCUUAGCAACAGAGAGCAGUUAAUAUGCUGUUGUCCUUGUGAAAGUCUUGUCGACUCUGUCUAGGCUUGGAUGGUAAUCUUAAUUUAUUAUGAGAUUCAAGCAAACUUCCACUGAACGUCAUAUAUAUUAGAAAGUAAUCACAAAGUGUAAUUGUUAUGAAAAAGUUUUCCUAAAAUGUCUGAUGGAGCUCUGUUAGGGAAAAUAAAGAAAUAAAUCUUGAAAUAAUUCAAUUCAUGACAGGUACCCGGGCUGCUUGGAGGAUAUGCCUAACUAAUAAGGUUCCGGUACAGAGAAAACUUGAUCUUGCUUAGAAUUUGGGGAUACUAGAACUCUGACAAAGGGAGAUCCAAUCUGCCUUCCUAAGUUUUUCUCAACUGACAAAGCUCACAGCUUUUUGUGUUACUAACUUACCAUCCCUUUUCAUCCUUGGUUCUUUUAAUCUAUAUAGAACGUUUUGUAUUAUCCAUUUCAUAUUUGUCCCCCCAAUUUUGUUGUGCAUUUUGCAGGUUUGUGUUGAGUUUGGAUUGUCUGGAGUCGUGAACAUAGAAGCAUAAAAGCAGUUGCACCCUCAAGAGGAUGGGAUUUUAAAUUUGAUAUCUCAGUGUGAAGCUCAGUUACCAGCAGGGACUGGAGAAAUAGUGUAUAUAACAAGGUAUUCUGAGAAAUUAAUACGGAGUAAUUGUCUAGGUUUGAAAGGGGUAUUCAAGCUGUUUGUGGUUCACUUUUGCUUGUGAAACUAUAGCUGCCUGAUUGGCUAGAGACUUGGCCAAGAGCAAGAGGGCAAGCUUCGUUGGACUAAACCUAAGCGUACAGGAUCCCAUCUACCGUCAAUGGAUGUAAAUUGCAAGUCGCGCAAUUAGCCUACUAAUCAGAUAUUAGUAUUGAUGUGCGCACAAGGGAUUCAAUUUAGACUUUCCAGCAUUCUUAGGCGAUUUUUCCCAUACAUGUUUUCAAUGAAAUUCGAACUCCCACAUUGUCGCCUCCUGUAAUAACUUUGAAGUUAGAUGAGGAAUGAACGAACUGUGCUAAGCCCCGAAGGCAGGACCAUCUUUCUUGCUUUUGUGAGAUGUGCAGCAUUUAUUGGAAUGCUUCCUGAUUUGUUUUAAUGCUCCUUUUGCUUACUCAGGGACAAGAGUAGGCUCUGUGUUUUCUGCAAUCACAAAGCGAUUAUUUUCUUAUGACCAUGGAGAUUGAACAGUGCAAAUACAUGGUUGGUCAGCUGGCAUCCCAACCCAUAUACGCAGAUCAUUCAGACCUUCCACACUCUGCAUUUGCUAUUCAUUUAUUAUUCAUUUCUGCAAUCCCAAUAUGUAGCUGCCUUGUAUCUUUAUUAUGUAUUAUUAAAAGAAGUUUUUUUGGUAGAUUUUACUUGGAGUUUCUGUGUGGAUGUGGGUGAAUUUCAGCUCAUUUUCUUGACAAUAAUAAUGCACUGAAGUGCUUCGUGCUUACUAGUUUCGACCAUAGAAAGAAAGCAAUACAACAAAUUCCAUGUUUCUUCGUCGAACUUUCAAGGCCAAGAGAAGAGCAAAAACACUACAAAUUGCAUUGGUGAAGCAUGCUAUGCUAUGCUUAUAUUGUAGUUGAACGACGACGACGAUGAACGCCGGCUGUUUGUUUCCGGUGAAAACCUUUCAACAAACUUCCCUAAAGAAGCGGCUUUUCAGGGCAAUUGCUCCUCGAUUCUACGUCACACACACUAAACGCGCCGCAAGUCUUAAAAGCGCCUCAAAUUCUUCUCUCAUUGCUUCUGCUAGUGCGUAUCGUUCGCCCUCGCCGAAGAUGGAGAUUUCCGGUCCGGAGAAGAAAGAGCAAGUUUACCAGUACAUUGUCGUGAUGAGGCACGGAGACCGCCUCGACAACGUCGACCCGCUCUGGAUUACUCAGUCCGAACGGCCCUGGGACCCGCCGCUCCACCAACAGGGCAAAACCCGAGCCUUCACAAUUGGGCAGAGGCUCAGCCAAACUCUCGGGGCUCCGAUCAACCGCGUCUUCGUUUCUCCAUUUCUGCGCUGCCUCCAGACCGCAUCCGAGGCGGUCCGAGCUCUCUGCACCGUCGCCGAUCCCAAUAAUGUCUCUUCAGAUGCCGUCUCCGUCGAUCUUUCCAAAAUCAAGGUUUCUAUUGAAAUAGGAUUAUGCGAAAUGUUGAACAGACAAGCAAUAAGAGCCAAUGUAGCUCCAAAGGAUGGAGAUUUUAAAUUCAAUAUCUCUGAAUGUGAAGCUCAGUUACCCACUGGAACUAUAGAUCACAGUGCAGAACGAGUCUACGAGAAGUUACCAGAGUGGGAAGAGUCCGCGCCAGCUGCAAGGGCUCGGUACAUGGAGGUUGUUAAGGCACUUGCUGAUAAAUAUCCAUCUGAGAACUUGUUGCUUGUGACACAUGGGGAGGGAGUAGGCUCUGUAUUCUCUGAUAUCAUGAAUGGCGUUAUUGUUUAUGACGUAGAAUAUUGUGGAUAUACAAUCUUAAAGAGAUGUAUCCACUUGGGCGAGAACCAGUCGUUUACUGCCGGAGAGCUUACGCAGCAGAGUGAAUUUGGCAUAAAGUUUUUGGCUGCGGCUGAUGAGUGAUGAUCCUACACUCAACUGAGAUUCAACUCUUCUGGCUAAGUAUUCAUUUCAAAUAAACUUUUAUUAUGUCACUUGUGAUUCUUGAAAACAUGCCCACUUGGAAUGUGUUGGAUAUUAACCUUCGAUUGGUUGUGUGAAAUUUGAUGAAUUAAUUUUUUA